GGUAGAUCGGCGCCGUCGGUGACGCCAUACAGGAAGUUUUUGGAGCUGGUGACCGUGGGUCGAAGCGUCUUCAGCAGCGAUUCAUAUAUUUGUUAAUUUUACUCUUAACGAUGACAAGAGCUCAAGGGCAAUUCGCGGAACUGAUUCAGGGCUGGACCAUGUUGUGAUGAGCGGUGUGCCAUGCAGAGGAGACACAGCAGCAACACGGAUGGCAUGCCCUCGGAAAGGAGCCGAAGCCAAACUCUGGGAUCGGAGAGCAGCCUGGAUGAGGGUGGUGUGUUUGACUGCCUGAAACCUGACUCACCCGCUUCACCCCAGCAAAUCUUCUCCGGCCUGGUGGGUGUCCCCUCUGGCUCUGUCUCCUCUGCCCAGUUCCAGGCAGCUGGCUUAGUCCUGGGCUCUCCCCCUGAAGUUUUUAUCCAGAUGACGGCAUCAUCCAGAGAGGAAGGGGGCUCCCACCGCUCGGAGGGCGGCUCCUUUCUCCCUCGGCCACCUCCACACCACCAUCACCACCACCACCACUUCCACCACCAGCCCCUGCAGCACAGGACCUCCUCUCUGCUCCAGCAGGCCACCACGGCAGCCGGCUCUGACAGGCAUAGCUCCAGGGAGGAGGCCCAGGAGGACCCGUCCACACCAGCCCCAGCCCUGUCUGAGCUGAAGGCUGUAGUCACGUGGCUGCAGAGGGGUUUCCCCUUCAUCCUCAUCCUGCUGGCUAAAGUCUGCUUUCAACAUAAGCUAGGUAUUGCUGUGUGUGUGGGGAUGGCCAGCACGUUCGCCUACGCCAAUUCCACAUUUAGGCACCAAGUGUCAUUACGGGAGGAACGUUCUGUAUUUGUUGCGCUUUGGAUCUUAAUAUUCCUUGCAGGGAAUAUUGUGUAUGUCUACUACACAUUUAGUCAUCGAGGAGCUGCACAACAGGGAGUGUUCCUGUUCUUGUCUGGUCUUGUCCUCCUCAUAUUUGCCAAGCCCAACCUCAACAGCUUUGACUUCUUUGAUCUGAUCUGGGCAGUGGGCAUCACUGACUUUGUCCUUAAGUACGUCACCAUCGGCUUGAAAUGCUUUGUCCUCUUUUUGCCCAAAAUUCUCCUGGCCUUCAAAUCCAGGGGUAAGUUCUACCUGCUGAUUGAGGACCUGAGCCAGCUGUUUCGGGCCUUGGUGCCGAUCCAGCUGUGGUACAAGUACAUCAUGGGAGAAGACCCCUCUAACAGUUACUUCCUGGGAGCCACACUCAUCAUCAUCUACAGCCUCUGCAAGUCCUUCGACAUCUGUGGACGUGUGUCAGCCAUAUGCAAGGCCUUUGCCAUGCUUUGCAGCUCCCAGAGUUACGGGGUUAGAGCCGGCAGUCAGCAGUGCAGCGAGGCGGGCGACAUCUGUGCUAUAUGUCAGGCUGAUUUCAGAGAUCCCGUUGCCCUUCUCUGUCAGCACGUGUUCUGCGAGGAGUGCCUGUGUUUGUGGUUUGACCGGGAGAGAACGUGUCCACUGUGCCGCUCUACAGUCAUUGACACCCUGCGAUGCUGGAAGGAUGGCACCACCUCGGCUCACUUCCAGAUCUACUAACCUAUGACAACGAAUCAUCUGCACCCAGAAUGAUAUAGCUGUGCUUCAAGUUUAGACAAUGGUGUGUCAUGUUUCUUUGUUUACCAUAAUUAUUUAAAUCGUGUUUAAGAAUAGUUGCAGUAACAAACCGUGCGUAGGGGUCUUAAGUCUUAGAGACUUUGAAAAGACCAGAACAGAACAUGUUGCAUGUAAAUCAUAUUAAGUGCAGACAAGUUUAGCAUCAUAUCAGAAAUGUAAAGCUUCACUAUUGUCAAUUUUACAGUUGGGCUAUUGUCAUACAGUUAUGGAAAUAGUCCCAUUUUAUCUACAUGUUGACUUAGCUGCUGUUGUAAACUGUGAACAUUUAUUUUACACUAGACAUGAUAAAAGAAUGUUACUUUGAUUAACGUGGUGAUAAUGUAAAUAGUCACAGCAAUUCACUUUUUUUGGGUAUUUUAUGGUUUUGUCAUAUCUGUAGCUGUUUCUAUAUCACAUCUGUUUUGAAUUCUUCAAUUGAUAUUUAACGUAAUUUUUAUUUGGUAUUUAGCUUAAAGAUUUGUAAUAUUUAUUGUAAAAAUUAAAAUAAUUCAUCAGAACAUCUAUGAAUGGCUUGAACAUAGAAAAUUAGUUCAAACAUUUGUUCUUUUCUUGUUAAGCGAUCAGUUAAGUUCAUCAUAACAGUUUGUAGAUUUGUAUGAAUUGUGAUGCAGUAAGUGUGGUGCAGAUAAUGAUAAUGGAUAAUGGAUUUGACUUUUCAUACUUUCAUUUAUAGUCGGAGCUCAUGUCUGAAAAUCAGAGCGCCAAACUUUAUCUCAUCGUUAUUCUCUAUGAACCAUGUAAAUGAAUCAUUUCCUGCAGAAUAAUUCUUCUUGGAUUGCAUAAUGUGAAGAGACUUUCCGUUUUGAAUGAAAGCACUUUAACUCACUA